CAGCAAACUCAAGUGUGACUUUUAGGCUGCUGUUGAGGUGUAAAUGUACUACUCGCAUUAUAUUUUUGUCCAAUACAGGAGUUAAAUUAAACCUCCUCGCUCUCCCUCAUAAAUAAAGCCGCCACCACCGCACACACUCACCAAGAAAGCAGCUUUAGAUGGAGCGGCGAAGACUAGUCGUCUCCUCCCUCUCCUUCCUCUCAAUCUCUAGCCUUGUAGAUUUUCCGGAAGCCUCCCAUCUGACAUCCAUGGUUGUUGGAGGGGAUUUCUUCUCCUUUCAGGCUCCUCAUCUUCAGGCGGCUACUUAUUUGGGUUUGGUUAAUUUGGUGCUGACCGGCGGUGACAACGAGAGAGAGCACGCCGGUGCGACCGUCACGGAGAUGUGGCCCGUGGCGGCGUACUUGCGUGCUCCCUCCCGUUGUCACUGUCCCACACUACCAUAUACUUUCUCCUUCAGCCCCCUCAAUUUGGCAGGGGAAACUACGGUUAAUUACAGAGGCUUGUUUGGAGCCUUGGAGGGACUGGGGUCCAAUAAGAAAAAUAAAAAUAGCAUUGCAAUGUCCGCUUCCAGAAAACCAUCCUUAUGCCAAUCUAUCUAUUUAAUUGCUACUUACUGAUUUUUGGUAUCUCCUUACUCCUAGAAUUGGUAUGAGCCGGGGGAUGUAUGUGCAUCAAAGAAAAUCUUAUGCUAACUUUUAAGGAAUGGUGUCAUGUUACUCGAUGAUGUUAAUAUGUUAUUACGCAAAUGGUUCUAAUCAUCUUGCGUCCAUGGGGGUUUACAUACAACCAGGACAAAGUGGUUUAUGAUUGAAUCUCAGACAUUUGAGCUGUUCCUGAAUGUCUGUUUACAUUGAGGCCAUUUUCUUGCUUCAGAUGCUAGACUUAUGUAUUUUUGGUCAAUACAAAUAGAGGAAAUUCCUUA